AUGGUCUAUGAGCAUGAUGUUUGGGAUUCAAUUUCGGAUAGUAUGAAUAAAGAACAAAAACUUCAAAAAUUGAUUAAUCACCUACCGGCAAACAAUUAUCUUACAGCGCAUGAAUAUAUCAGCAUUGAUAAUAGUAAAGUUGAGCAUGGGCUUACUGAUGAGGAAAUAUUGGCGGCAAUAGCAGAUGAAGAUAAGGAAGAGGAGGAGUCUGUUGAUGAACAAGUAGAAAAAGUAAGUUGUAAUGAAGCAGAAAAGUCCAUAAACCAAGUAUUACAAUUUUUAUACGAACAAGGACCAGAAUUUGGUGAAAUCAAUGAGGAGAAUAGAAAUCCAAAGUAA